ACCCCUUCUGUCACUUUGGUGCCAGUGGUCGUUUCAUCUGUGUUAAGUAUACUGAACCUGUGUCUUAGGAGUGAAAUUAAAUAAAAUAGAAUGGCGGCACGAUAUAGAGAAACUUAUAUUUAUUCCUUCGGAGGAAUAUUGGUGGCGACAGUAGUCGUAUUUGCUGUAUACUACAUUCUCACCGGGCAAGGAGAGCGUAUUGAUAUCGGAUGGUUUUUGGAAACUAUUACUCCGUACAUGUGGGCAACUACUGGCAUUGCAUUUGCCGUAUCCCUGUCAGUCAUUGGUGCCGCUCUUGGCAUCUACACUACUGGCUCAAGCAUUAUCGGUGGAGGUGUGAAAGCUCCCAGGAUCAAAACCAAGAAUUUGAUUAGUGUUAUUUUCUGUGAAGCUGUUGCUAUUUACGGACUCAUCAUUGCCAUUGUUCUUGCCGGCAUGUUGGAUAAAUACGAUCCAUUAAAGGCUUCUCCUGAGAAAAUUGCACAAAACUACUUUUCUGGAUUCGCCAUGUUUGGAGCUGGACUAACCGUUGGUUUGGUUAACUUGUUUUGCGGUAUCUCAGUCGGAAUUGUCGGAUCCGGAGCCGCCUUGGCUGACGCAGCUAAUCCCUCCCUUUUCGUGAAGAUUUUGAUUGUAGAAAUUUUCGGCAGUGCAGUUGGUCUCUUCGGACUCAUUGUAGGCAUCCUGAUGUCUUCAAGAAUCAAAAUGGGAGACAUAUAAAGAAGAUUAUAUCCACAACAUUCAUUCCUUUUAUUGUAAUUUUUUUUUACUAUGAAUGUUUCUUUAGUCAGAUGUUUAUACCAUUUGGUCGUGUCUGUUGUCAUCCAAAUUUCUUUCUCCUUUUAUCCCGCAAAAUUAGCGCUCUAUUGUCUCGUUAAUCCCUUGUAUAGAACAACAAAUCAACUUACAUGUAACUGUAAUUUAAAAUAAAGACGAGGCAGAGCAUAA